AAUUUUCACGUCAUUCCAUGAUGGCUGAAGAUCCUGGGGGAACAUUUUUCAAUUUCUCUCUCAUUUUUCUUUCUUUUUCUCUACCUCAGCUUGCCAUAGAGACAUGGCAGUAUUCACAGGCUCGUUAAGCGUCCACAGAUCAUUGGUGUCGACAUGCCCAAGAAAGGAAACCGAAAACGGCUGAAAUUUAGGGCCGGGGAUGUUUGUUCGGAAUCAGUCACCGUUGCUGAUUAUGCUGAUGCCGACCCUGCCGUUGUGAAGUCAGGGAGAGUGAAAAAGGCUGUUGUUAAUGCAGUUGAAAAAGAAGUAAAACUCCUCUGCGGCCUGGAAGCAUCUCAGGGAGCUGUAGAGGAGGUCCUCUCGUCUGCAACAAGUGUCAGAGCAGAUGCAUUAGACAGCAGCGAUGACCUAGACCCCGAAGAAGAUGGGGAAAAUGAAACUAAAGUGGCCCCCAAGAAGAAAAACAAGAGGAGAAAGGAAAGCAGUGAAAGCAGCGAUGGGAAGGAGUAUCCGGUGGACAUAUGGUUAGUGCUCUCCUCUUAUAUUCGGCCUGAGGAUGUGUGCAGAUUCGCUCUGAUCUGUAGGAAUGCCUGGACAGUAACUUGCACUGCAGCUUUUUGGACCAGGCUCUACAGAAGACACUACAGGAUUGAUGUUCACCUGCCGUUUCGUCUCCAGCCUGACUCUAUUGACAGGAUGCGCUGUUUACGGGCCAGAGUGAUUCGCUCCCUUUUCCAUUUGUAUGAGCCGUUCGACCUGCGUGUCUCAAAAAUUCCUGCCCUGCCAGAAUCCACGCCCACAACCUUGCUCAACUCCAAGUGUUUACUGUUCUGGGUCAGAAAGGUGUCAGGGACCCGGCCUGAGGCAUUGUGGGAGUUCAAUUUCAAGUUUAUAAAGCAGCAGGGACACAGUAAGAAUGGUUGUGCCAAGUCCCUGCGCAUGCCCAGACAAUACGAAGAUGUCCACAUGAACCCAGACUCUGACUGCUACAUGCUUCAGGUCACCACCCUCAACUUCAUCUUCACCCCUGUGGUGAUGGGCAUGACGCUGACCCUGUUCACAAUCAACGUUAGCACAGACAUGCGCCAUCACCGUGUUCGCCUGCUGUUCCAGGACUCGCCGCUCCAGCGGGGCAAAAAGAAGGGGGAUCAGGGCGGGACCCAGGUGGUGUUGGAUCCAGUACAGAGUGUGAGGGUCAUGGAUUGGUGGCAUCCACAGUACCCCUCCUCACCUCACACGUAGGAGUCCCGCUCUCUCAGUUACUACUACAGCAGAACAUCACAGCAAGAAUACUGCUGUCAUCCCCUGACCAAACAGAAAUAUGAUAUUGUAUGAUUCUGCAGAACGCUCAAUUAUAUUCAGUGACUGAAUUUUUGGCAUAUUUUGAUCAUCAUUGCUAGAUGUUGAAGAAAGCAAACAUUGACGGGCCUGGGGUGGGGCUUAGGGCUUAUCUAUGCAUACAAACCUGCCACUCCUCAGUUUCUGCAGUUUGCUGGUCUUUCUGAAAACAUGAAGAAUUAGAGAUCGGCAAUAUGGAAAUGAAAUCAAGGCCACAAUAACCAGAAUAUCUUAUCACCUGAAAUCGGAAAAGCAUAGUCAGAUUGUUUUAGUAGUUUCUCACUUUGGACAGUAUGGAAAUUGAAAGUCAUAAUGAAACUGUGAGUUUCAGAUGACAUUCUCAAGAAGUUUAGAAACUGUUCUGGGAGAAAUGCAGCAAUGCGUCUCAGUGUAGAAAGUGAUAGUAAAUAGAUUAUAAGCCUCGAUUUAUCAGCUCGCCUACAGAUGUGGUAGAGAGGAACAUUUGAAGCCGCUGCAUUAAGGGAUUUGCUAGGCCGCUGUUUAACUCUAUUUAAUGUAAACAACACUGUUGCAUGUUGAACCGGCGUGACAAGUUUUUAAACUCGUGGAUUAAACAGGGUGGAAAAUCUGCACCAUCCUCCCUUGUUUUUUUUUUUUUGUUUUUUUUAUGUUCACUUGAAAAUUUCUCCUAAAAUGUUUUCGUUUUGCAUUUGUUUGAAUUUUGACACCACUGCAUCAACAGAAUCCAUUAUUAGUCUUUUAAACCAUGUUUUUUUUUUUUCUUGGUGUAUUUAACUGAAGGCAACCUGGUUUGGUAUUAUGUGAAUAGUAAUAACACUGCUUUUUGCUAAAGGGGCCAAAGAGAUGAUUUACCUCAGAUAUCAUCUGAUCAAUUGCUGAUUUGGACAGUGUUUCUCUUCCUUCUGGUGUCGUCUCUGUGUUGAGCCCUGUGUGAGCCGUCUCCUCUACUGCCUCAUGUGGAAUCUGUCUCAACUUUGAGUGGCUCAAAGUGUUUAAGGUGGUCUGUCUUAUGAGUGUUGAAUGUAAGUAGGAUUGUACAAAUCACGUACUUGAUUAUGACAGGGGAGAAUAGCUACUAUUGACAUUGAUCCAUCCAUCCAUCCAUCCAUCAGACAAAGUCGUUUAACCUGAAUUGAUUUUUACAUACACAUUGUAGAUUGUAAAUGAAAAACAAAAAACAAACAGACAUUAGAUUAUCCACAAACAGAAAUAAAAGUUAGUUCAUGACAAAACCCCAUUGCAGAAUACUGAUAUUAAUUGUUUUAGUUGGAGAUCUAGUUUUCUCAGACAGGAUAAAUUGCAUUGAUAAAUCGAUUUACUGCACUGAAAUAAAAUCUGAAACUGCCCAUUCAAAA